AUGUCGCUGAAACCGAAGAAAAUAGAAUUUGAUGAAAUUUGGAAAGGGCUCCGGGAAACGGUACAUCAGGUGAUCACGCUGAAGAGCGUAAGACGCAGUGUUUGGAAUGAUCGGUUUGAUGAUGUGUACGCAAUUUGUGUUGCUCUUCCGGAACCGUUGGCCGAUCGGUUGUACUUGGAAACAAAAGCAUUUCUAGAAAAUCAUGUGCAAGAACUGCUGCUACAACGGGUUCUAAUAUCGGACUCGGAUCAUGCUUCCAAGGCUAAAAUGUCCGACGAUGGGACUUCCUCGUCUUCCCCGGCAACAUCAGAUCAGUUGCUGGCGCGUUAUUAUGACACAUGGAUGGAGUAUAGCCGUGGCUCACAGUACUUGCACAACUUAUAUCAGUACCUUAACAAUCAGUACAUCAAAAAACAGAAGCACAACGAGGCGGAAAUAGUAUAUGGGUGCAACCACCUUAGCGAUAACCAGGAAAAAAUGGAAAUCGGAGAGUUGGAGCUGGAAAUCUGGAAUCAGUACAUGAUACAGCGGCUAGGCAAUGAACUUGUCGAUCAGAUACUGAGCGGUAUUAACGCGGAGAGGUCGAACAAAACGACCGGGCAACAUAAUAAGAACACCGAAAUAAUACGUGGCGUGAUCCAGAGUUUUGUCGCUGUUCAAGAGGAUCGACGCAAGGGAUCGUUAGCCCUGUAUCAGGAACUGUUUGAAGCGCGUAUGUUGGAGGAAAGCGGGGAAAACUUCCGCAUCGUUGCUAGUGAACUACUGCAGGUAUGCAGCGUAAGUCAGUAUAUGGAAAGGAUAAUAAAGAAGUUCGAUGAGGAAGAGAAACUGGCAAACAUUUACCUUCAUGCCAGCUCCGUCCCUAAACUGCGCAAGGUAUGCGAAGAGGAAAUGGUGACUAAGCAUAUGAAUUUUCUAUAUUCUGAGUGCAAGGAAAUGGUAGCAAACGAAAGGAUCGCAGAUCUAAGAAAUCUUUACAUACUUCUCAAACCAGUCACGGACGGGUUGAAGCGACUGAUCGACGUGUUCCUAGAGCACAUUAAAGAGCAAGGCAAAAAAACGAUUGCCUGUAUGAAGGGAGACUCGGUUCAUAUACAGUUUGUCGAAAAUAUGCUCGACGUCCACCGGAAGUACGAGGAACUGAUUCACAGUACGUUCAAAUCUGAUCCACUGUUUCUAGGGGCUCUCGAUAAGGCUUGCGCUCGUAUCAUCAAUGAAAAGCACAGCAAUAACCAGGUGUGUCGUAGCGCCGAGCUGGUCGCUAAAUACUGUGAUAGUUUACUGAAAAAAUCGAAAACAACUGAGGGUGAAAUCGAUCAGAAACUGACGCGCAGCAUCAUCAUCUUCAAGUAUAUUGAAGAUAAAGAUGUGUAUCAAAAGUUCUACAGCCGCAUGCUGGCGAAACGAUUGAUUCACGAGCAGUCGCAAAGCAUGGACGCCGAAGAGCUUAUGAUCAACAAACUUAAACAAGCGUGUGGCUACGAAUUCACUAACAAGCUACAUCGCAUGUUUACCGACAUAUCCGUUUCGACGGAUUUGAACGCGAAGUUUAGCAAAUAUCUAAACGACAAUGAACUUGAGACUGGUAUAAAUUUCACCGUCAAGGUUCUACAGGCUGGUGCGUGGCCUCUGGGACCAACACAGGCGGUUGCUUCGUUCGCCAUACCGCAGGAGUUUGAAAAGUCGAUUCGCUUGUUCGAAAAGUUCUACCAUAUCAACUUUAGCGGUCGUAAACUGACUUGGCUUCUGCAUUUGUGCCAUGGUGAGAUGAAACUAUCGUUUGAAAAACGCAACUACAUCGUUACAAUGCAGACCUACCAAAUGGCAAUACUGCUAAUGUUCGAGAACACGGAUAAGUAUACAUGCAAGGAACUGCAGACGUCGCUGCAACUCCAACAGGAAAUAUUCCAGCGACAUCUGCAGAGUUUGGUAGAGGCAAAAAUUCUGUUGCUCAACGAAGAGAAAAUGAACGACGAUACAGAAGUUAGCAUCAAUAUGAAUUACAAUAACAAGCGAACCAAAUUCAAAAUAACUACCAAUUUGCAGAAGGAAACACCACAGGAGGUCGAACACACUAUGAAUGCCGUUGAUGAGGAUCGAAAGAUGUACUUGCAAGCUGCAAUAGUGCGCAUCAUGAAAUCUCGAAAAGUGCUACGCCAUAAUGCCCUUAUACAAGAGAUUCUUUCUCAAUCCAAGGUCAGCUUUGCACCGAAUGUGUCCAUGAUUAAGAAGUGCAUCGAGUCGUUGAUCGACAAGCAGUACAUCGAACGAACGCCUAACUCGGGAGAUGAGUACAGUUACGUUGCAUAAAGAGAACAGCAAGCUGAAAAUUCACAUGGCUUAUCGAAUCCAACUUUGGAGGAUUUUUUUCUUAAAAAGGAGCAGAAAAAGCACUUGUGAAGCUCGCGUACAUGACUUAUAGCAAUUUUCGUUUGAAAAACGAUUAUACCUGUUAUACAAAAAAAUGCUGUAAGAAAGAGCAGAAAUGCGCAGCUUGCGUUUGAAACGAUUAGUGUGAUUCAAUUUUAAAACUGUUGAGUUUCCCAAAUUUCGAUGGAAUUGAGAAGCGAAUUGCAUCUGAAUGGCUCACGAUGGUUUCAAUGGGUUUGUUGCGUGUCAGUCAGUUAGCCCUUCAGUACGAAGAAAACGUGAUCUCCAAACAACAGCUGGUAGUUUGUUUGGCGCUAAUUGGACAUUUUUGUUUGUUCAGAAACACGAUCGCGAACGUGUUUUGUAUUUUGUACGAUCUUGUUUAUACAAUUUUCAUGUAAAUAAAAUCUUUUGUAUGUGUUCAUGUUUUCUUUAAAGUAGAAUUAUGUUUCGAUCUUUGUUUUUAAAGUAUUUUUUUAUUGACU